CGUAGAUUGAUUGUGGAAAAAGAAAAACAAUAUAGAAAAGUGAUGCUUUUAUUUACUGUUACUUUCAUUUUUUAACGUCGCGCCGAUUAUUUUUAAAUUUGAGAACAUUGUUUACAAUCUUUGAGAGAGUUAUUUUAUUCAAUAUUAAGCGAACAGCAGCCUAUAUCCAGUAUUAUAUGAAGCCAAAGACUGAUUUCGAACGGAUAGGCUUUUAAGAGGUCAGAACAACUUAUUCUGACUACGUAGCAGACAGAGACAAACCCUUCUAGUAGCAGAUUAGGAUAGAAUCAAAGAUGGAUUUACUGGUUGAAGUUAAAUCCGAAAAAUUAGAUACAGAACCAACUGUGCCCAGCGCCAAGUGUGAAAAUAUAGAGACUUUUGUUCUGAAUGGAGAAUUAGACAUUAAAUCUGAAUAUAUUGAGGAUACAAUAUCUGAUUUAACAUGGGAUAGAAUCAAAGUUGAAGAGAAAUUAGAGCGUGGAAUUGAAGCUGACUCGACGGCUGAUAAUGUUGACCAGAUGGAGUUCCAAGAGUCAGUAAAGCUUGAAGAAAAACCACCUAUGAGCAGCACAAGUUCUGAAGAUAUGAACGCAUUAGUGCUACAUGAAGAAAUUGACAUCAAAAUGAGAGUGACGAAUCGAUGA